AUGGAUUGCAACGAAAGUGGCCUCUAUGCAUUACUAGCUGACGAAACAACGGACAAGUCAACAAAGGAGCAAGUGACAAUAUGUCUUCGAUUCAUUGACCCCCAUAAUAAGUAUGAGAUUCGGGAGGAGUUUUUAGCUUUUCAAGAAGCUACGGAUGGGAUAUCUGGUGAAGCGCUAGCAGAUCUGCUUCUUUCUUCCCUCCGAGAACACGGAGUUGAUGUUGGUAAGAUGUGUGCCCAAGGGUAUGAUGGCGCGAGCAACAUGUCGGGAAGGUAUCGCGGUGUUCAAGCCAGAGUUCGCGAGAUUAACCCCGACACCGUGUAUGUCCAUUGCAAAGAGCAUUGCCUAAACCUUGCAAUAGUUCAUAGCUGCAAGGAACAAUGCGUUCGUACAAUUAUGGGUACAGUACAAGAUAUAACUUUUGCGUUAGACUAUUCUUCCAAGAGGUUACUUGCUUUCUGUGAAGAGUUGAGUGGCGAUGAAAAUGUCCAAGAACAAAUGGAUCAACGGACCAAACUGCGAACCUUGUGUGAAACUCGCUGGACAAGUAGAGCUGACGCAUUGCUUACCUUUCUAAGGGCCUUUCCCGUUGUCGUCCGCGCCUUAGAGCAUCUACAGGAAAACGGUGAUGUCAAGGCAGGGCAGCAUUUACAUGUCAUUCUUAAAUGGGACUUCAUUAUUGAUCUUGUGGUAUGCGAGCAUAUCCUACAGUCAACAGUGUUCUUGUCAACAUUCCUACAGAACGUUUCCUGUGACUUGAUGGAAGCUGCCAGAGAAAGUGAAGUAGUGAUUAACACUCUAACAAACGAGAGGAAUGACCCAGAAGUAUGGAAUGCUCUGUUUGAGAAGGCAUCUGAUGUGGCCGGACAGUUCGAUGUUAUUCCUUCAAAGCCGAGAACGGCUGGUUUACAGGGGCACAGAAACAACAUACCCUGCCGAAUCUCCCACCGAAUACUGGAGGAGGUCAUGCAUUCCAUUCAUAUGACGCUGGAACUUACAGACAGACUCCUCGGUGGAACCGUGCAUGAUCGAUUCCUUGCUCAGUACCUUGUUGCAAGCUCAAUACAUCGUAUCACACUGGACAUCAAAGGAAGACUGUUCGAUGCGUUCGCACAGUAUCUAACACCACAUGACCAACAUGUAUUCAACGCAGAAAAGCGUAGAUGGGAAACUAAAUGGAACGGAGCCGAUGUAAGCAUCAUAAAGCCUACAAUGCUACAGGAUACCCUUAAAGAAUGCAAUUGGGAUCUGUAUCCGUGCAUCUCUACCAUGAUCAGGGUUCUUCUUACUAUGCCAGUUUCCACUUCUACCGCUGAACGUUCAUUCAGCUCCCUUCGGAGGAUCGAAACAUACUUACAUAGCACUAUGGGUCAAGGAAGACUCUCUGAUUUACCACUGUUGCAUAUCCACAGAGACCAGCAGAUCGAUAUCAACAGCGCGAUAGAGCAGUUCGCUACCGAUAAAAAAAAAAGGGCCAGUUUUUGGAUAUUGAGUGUAUUCAGUGAUAUACAAUGUAUGUAUUAUACAGACAAUUACGGCCUUUUAGGUUUUACCUGA